AUGCGUGCUAAGAUAUUCCUCUGCAAAGGCUGUGGGCUUUUACAUCUAGAGUGGGAUGAUCCACUUCCUUUCAAAGAGCGACAAGAAUGGGAGACAUUUCAAAACGCCUUACCAGAGUUGAAACAAAUCAAAGUCCCUCGUUGCACUCUAAUAGAAUCAAUUAAAGAAAUUGAGCUCCACUGUUUUGCUGAUGCUUCAAUGUUUGGAUAUGGUGGAGUAACUUACUUGCGCUGUGUCUCUAAAAUUGGCGAAGUUAAAGUAACUUUACUUUGCAGCAAAUCUCGAGUAUCGCCUAUCAAGGUAAUAACCAUUCCUCGUCUGGAGUUGUGUGCAGCAGAGUUCCUUUCCAAACGUGUGUGUAAGGUAAUAACAUCUUUGAGUUUAUAUGAUGACAAAGUUAUUCUGUACACAGAUUCAACAAUUGUGUUAGCCUGGAUUGCUACAUCUCCUCAUCUUCUAAUAGUGUUUGUGUCAAAUAGAGUAGCUCGUAUCCAGAGCGCUAACUAG